CGGCAGGGCAGAGUUUGGGGAGUAGUUGCUCAGCCAUUGCAGCUUCGUGGCUCAGUAACAAAACACGAAAAAGCAGAGGAAGACCUGGCACCUCCUUUUCUGACCGGGAGACCAACUUACAUGUGUCGAGGAGCGAACACACACAUUGAACUAGUCUGCACCUAAACAACGGGAUUCAACAGCUCUGGAUAUGUCAUUCAUAUUUGAUUGGAUUUCUAGCAGUUUCAAUAACGUACUACAGUUUUUAGGACUGUACAGGAAAUCAGGCAAGUUAGUCUUUCUUGGCCUGGACAAUGCUGGCAAAACGACGCUACUGCACAUGCUCAAAGAUGACAGAUUGGGACAGCAUGUGCCAACUUUACAUCCAACCUCGGAAGAGCUGACGAUCGCUGGCAUGACCUUCACCACCUUUGACCUGGGAGGCCACGCACAAGCCCGCAGAGUGUGGAAAAACUACCUCCCUGCCAUUAAUGGCAUUGUCUUCCUUGUGGAUUGUGCGGACCGCGAAAGAUUGACUGAAUCAAAAUCAGAACUUGUUGCAUUAAUGACAGAUGAGACCAUCGGAAAUGUGCCUAUUCUGGUGUUGGGAAACAAAAUUGACAGAUCAGAAGCCGUCAGCGAGGAGAGCCUGAGGGAAUUCUUUGGAUUGUUUGGACAGACGACAGGAAAGGGCAACAUUCCAAUGAAAGAGCUGAACACAAGACCACUGGAGGUGUUCAUGUGCAGUGUGUUGAAGAGGCAGGGCUACGGCGAGGGCUUCCGCUGGCUCUCACAGUACAUCGACUAAAGAAGCCGCGCAGUCGAAAACCUACCGACACCACCACCAUCAGGGGGCGCUAAAAUCAACCACUCGAGAUGCCCACCGUUGCCACCAGUACCAUCAUACUCAGCCCCAUGUUUGGUUAAAGAAAUGCCUCCACCAUCAGAGAAACCAGUACAACUUGAUCCCAAUAGACUUUUUAUUGGUCGAACUCUUGGUUCCGCACUUACAGCAUUCAUACCUGUAUGUGCACACAUGACACACACACACACAUUGUCAUCUCUCUGUCUGUUUUAAGAGAGUAACAUAGCAUUGGUUCCACAGCAAAGGGUGUUCAAAUUUAAACGGAUGAGUCUUUUCUAUAUUGUCGUUUGCUGCCCUCUCUCUCCCUCCCUGCCAUCUGUCGAGUGUGAUGAUAGACGCAUUAUAACUGUAAAUCUGUACAAAUAUCAAAAACCUCUGGCGCCUCUCCCCCCUUCUUCAUCUCAGUUGCAGCCGUGACAGAGAGCAACAUAGUUGUAAACAUCGCAGUACACUUUUUUUUUAACAGUAAAGAUCGUUGUCAUCAUUCAACAUUGUUUUCAAUCACCGUGUUUUGCUUUAUUAUUCUUUUUUCCCUACAUGAUUUCAAUAAAUGUGUGGCCACGUUCGCAGCCCUCCUAUAGACAUGUGGCUGUUUCACCCAUUUAUAUAAAUGGACCAGUGCAUUUAUCACAGUGAUCCAUUUCUUAAGGGUACCUGGACACGUCUUGUUCUAGACUCCUAUCUUGUGGGCACAGUAGUUAACGGUGAACUGUGGGCUCCCUUUUUUAAAAUAUAUAAAGACACAUGGGGUGGUAGUAAUGCAAUGGGUGGCGAAUUUUAAUAAAAAAUAAUUACCGGCUAUAACCCCAGCAAGGUUUUAUUGAAUCGUGUAGAUAGCACAGUGGUCAGUUGAGGCAAAGACAACUAUUUAAGUAAAUGAAACCUUUGAAUAAUAGAUAAUAACAUGCAGUAAGAGAUGAAGGGAGGAAUAUAGGGAUGGUUGUAACACCAAGUAGUAGUCGACAUUAAUCGUUCAUUCUGGUGUAUUUUGCAGCGCAGGCCUUUUUACAGGGUGAUUCUAGUCACUAAGGGUAGAAAAAUAAGGACACAAUCCCAUAGUGGGAACAGGUAGUUAGGCUUAUGACACCUCUAAGAAAGGGACCAUGUAUAUAUGAAAUGUACACAAACAUCGUACAUGGAUUUUGUAUUUAUCAGUGGUAUCCUUCGAUCUAUGUGCAUUACCAGAAACUAUUAUGCAUGCCUUGUUCUUUUGAUUUUUAAUGACCAUUACUCCAGAGUAAAGCGGGAGGGAAGAAGAUGCCAAAAUUUACAUUGAGAGCUGAUUAUCAUGUUUUGUUUGUUUUUCUUUUGUUUUUUUUUACGGAAACAAUGGAAUUGCGCGUAAUACAUUCUUUUUCUGUCCCCGUCUCUAUGUCUCUUUCAUUCCCUCAUGACUAAGUGAUGAGCUGUUCCAACAAGGGUGGGACUUGCUGUUGUUUGCAUCAAAAAAUGUAAUAAAUGUUUGCAAUGAAUAACAGGCUUUAACAUUGA